AUGUUUUCUCAACAACUUCAUUAUUAUUUUAUAUUUCUAAUUGGAUUUACUUGUGCCGAAACAUUACUGAAUCUUUAUUAUACAAAUGAGAUAGAGUCAUUGAAGAAUGAUGAUUAUACAAUGGAUCACAGUUGUUUACGCUUUAUACGCAUUAAUUCCACGUUACAAGUAUGGGAAUAUCAACAAUUUUAUUUGUGUUUGAAUGAAUUAUUACCAAAUAUUUCCAUUGAUGAAGUAAAUUUCUUCUCUCAAUUCACUUUUGCUAAUCUCUCGAAAAACAACAUCACUGCUGAACAAUUAUUGCUCUGGUCCACGCCAAUCGAUCUAAUUGAAGACUAUCAAUAUUAUCUAAAUGGAUUAUCAACAUCAAGUAAUUCAGCAUUAGGAGAAACAAUUUAUUAUAACUGCUCAUUUCCCAAAUUUGGUCAAAUGUGUCAAUAUGAAUUAGAAUUUUCGAUGUCUAUAAAUAGUAGCUUCAGCGAUCUUAUCUGGAAUGUCUACAGCGAAACUCGAUCUAAUAAAAUAGCGUUUACAUGUUACAUUGAUUUGAAUUGCGAGUACAGAUUGAAUUUCUCAUGUUUAGACUGGACGGAAAUUUGCGAUGAAAAAAUCGAUUGUCUUAAUAAUGGCAUUGAUGAAGAACAUUGUUGGCAAUUGGAAGUCAAUCAAUGUAAAGAUAAUGAAAUUCAAUGUUACAGUGGACAAUGUAUACCAUUGGAAUUCUUUCGAGAUUCUCCAUUUAUACGUGAUUGUCUUGAUCAAUUCGACGAAGCCGAUUACUUAGGAAUUCUAGGUUUUGCCGAAGACGAUACAGUAUGUCGCCGUUCAUUUUUCUCACGUUCUUGUCUCUAUGGCAGAAUUCAGACUUUAAUCGAACGGUCUUAUUCAACUAAUAAUGAUUCGGUAUCGAUGGACUGCUGGUCAGCACUGAAAUGUAUGAUUCAAGUACCCGAUGAUGCACUCAAAUUCUGUACAGAUAUGUGUAAAGAUGAUCACUGUCGAAUUCUAAUUGAAAAUCAAUGCCCAGAUUUACUUUAUAUGCCAAAUCUUCCAAUUUUAUCUGAUGAUGUUUACUUACUCUAUUCAAAAGGCGAUGUUAUUCAAAAUAAUCUUUAUCCAUAUGUUUGCUUCAAUCCUCCUCAGCAUCAGAACUUUUCCAGUGAUAUCAAGGUAAUCGUUUUUAAUAAUCGAACAUGCUUUCGAUCGGAGAAGUUUUUCGAAAAUAAAAAUGUUGUGCCACCACAUCUUAGUUCGAACUUUUUACGAAUAUUACAUAGAGUAUAUGAGUUUUAUAACAGUUACCAUUACAUUAUUAAUUCGUCUUCAGUAUUUUGUCAUGAACCAGCGAUGUAUCAAUGUAUUGGAUCAAACAAAUGUAUUCCUGCCUAUCGUUUCCGAGAUAAACAUGUAGAUUGUCCAUAUUUCGAUGAUGAAGAUCUAUUCACCAGCAAUGAUGAUUUUAUAAAAAAACGACCACAGCAUGAACAAUUCGUAUGUCCAAUGCAUAAUAAACAUCUUAUGAUUAGAGAAUAUACUGACGGCUUUCCACAUUGUGGUAUUGCUCGAUUUGUUCAUGUAGAAGAUGAACCAGAUGUGAUGGGACAUGACAAACAUCUUUUAUCGUUUCAAACUCUAUGCGAUGGAUAUACAGAGAUCUAUCGAUCUCUGGACACCGGCAGAAAUAUAACAGAUGAAACGGGAUGUGAAUAUUGGGAAUGUAAUAAUUAUUAUACCGCUUGUGAUGAAGUAUGGAACUGUCCAGAUGGUGCUGAUGAAACUAAUUGUCCAUCGAAAUUGAAAUUUAAGUGCCCUUUAAAUUUUCAUGCAUGUAUUUCAGCUGCUACAAAACAAAUGAUAUGUUUGCCGGUUCAGAAAAUCAAUGACGGACGAAUUGAUUGUAACAAUGCUUUUGAUGAGCCAAAUCUAUGCCUUUAUGAUAGUGAAUUUCAUUGUCCUACACAUGGUCCAACAGUUGAAGACUGUACUGGUGUCGUAUGUAAAUGUUCUCCAUAUACGAAUAUUCUAUACGAAAGUGAUACGCAAAAUUGGCUCCCUGAAUUCUCAUAUAGACCAAAGCAGAACUGUACGGUAAAAAGAGAUAACAUAUCAUUGGGCUUUAUCUCUGAGUUUUGUGAAAAUACAAUGUGGGAAUGUCCAAAGAAGAAGAGAAAAUAUUUUUCAAUGAAUGAAAGACAUGAUAGAACAAUAGUCUCAAGUCAAAUGAAUGAACCUUCGAAAAUGAGCACAUUACCGGCUAUUUCAAUGAAUAAUAAAUCUGAAUACAAUUGCCAUCGCGGAAUUGUUGUUCAUAUUUCAGCAAAUAAUUCAAAAAGAUACACAUGUCUCUGUCUCCCAUCCUAUUAUGGCUCCCAAUGUCAAUACCAAAAGCAACGCAUUAGUCUUGGAAUUUAUUAUCGAGCAUUCUCUGAUUCUUGGCAGACAGUAUUUGUUAUCAGUAUUUUACUUAUUGAUAAUACAACUGAAAAACAUAUUCAUUCAACUGAACAGUACAGUUAUCUGUCAAAUGACGAUUGUAAAAGUAAGUUUAAUACUUAUUUAUUCUAUUCAAACCGAAGCAAAGAUCCAACAAAAGAAUACUUUAUACAUAUUGAUAUUUAUGAAAAAUAUUCUCUUGAACAUCGAGCAAGUUUCUUAUAUCCUAUAUUAUUUACCUUUCUGCCUGUUUAUCGUUUAUCAAUGAUUAUUGAAAUUCCAAGAAAAGCUGAAAAUGAUCUCAAAUGUUCAUUGAAGUCUUGUCAAAAUGGAAAAUGUAUGAAAUAUGCCAAUACAAAUGAGUAUUUUUGUCAAUGUGAUCCAGGAUGGUCGGGAAAAGAUUGCCAGGUUGAACAUAAGUGUUCAUGUUCAUCGGAUUCAUUAUGUCUUGGGAAAGCUUUAACGAAUCGAUCGAUAUGUAUUUGUCCAAUGAAUAAAUUUGGUCCUCGAUGUCUCCUCACUCAUUUCAUAUGUGAAAACGACAACUCGACUUGUCAACAUGGUGGUCAAUGCAUUGUAUACAAUGAACAUCCUGUAUUAAAAGAAAGUUUUGUAUGUAUUUGUCCAAAAGGUUACAGUGGAAAUCGAUGUCAGCUUAAACAUACUUAUCAUUUGACGAUAUCAUUUCAUGAUGAUAUUGUUCUGUUUCAAUCGAUAUUUAUUCAUUUUAUUGAAAUAGUCAAUCAGGCUGAUCCAAAAAGAACGACAAUAAUCCAAUCGAUUCAUCAUUUCCGACAAAAGACAAUCGAAUUGUUUUGGUUUGACACGUUUCAUUUAAUUUUCCUCGAAGAUUUAAACAAAAAUUAUUAUUUAUAUUCAACUAUAAAUAAGAAUCACUCAUCAAAAGAUGAACUAGUAACAAUAAAUCCAUCAGAUCGCUGCCUGCCAAUCAAUGAAAUCUUCAAUGAAACCUUUUUACAACUUCACCCUCUUCAUCGAAUGAAAUAUUAUCAUUUACCAUGUCUCAACCAAUCACUAAAUCUGGCCUGUUUUCAUGAUGAUACACAUUUAUGUUUAUGUUAUCAACACAAAACUAAUAAAAGUUUGGCAAAUUGUUUUGAAUUUCAACAUAAUCAAACAUUUGAUUGUUCGGGUCAAAGUGCUUGUGAAAAUCAUGGUCAAUGUUUUCAAGAUAGUUUCCGAUGUCCAACGCGAUCGAUAUGUGCUUGUCGUUCGUGCUAUUACGGAAAACAAUGUCAAUUCACAACGAGUGGAUUCGGUUUAUCACUUGAUGCUAUUCUUGGCUAUCAUAUUAUUCCGAAUCUGACAUUUGUUCGUCAAUCGUCGAUUGUUAAAUUUAGUUUAAUCCUAACUAUUCUCUUCUUUUCCAUUGGGUUAUUGAAUAGUAUUAUUGCAUUGAUUACAUUUCAAAGAGCAACUAUUCGAGAAGUGGGUUGUGGUUUGUAUCUGUUAGGAACCUCGAUAACAAGUUUAUUUACAACGGUUCUGUUAGGCUUGAAAUAUUCGAUAUUAAUUUCAGCACAAAUGAACGUUUUAACGAAUCGAUCGUUCUUACGAAUUCAAUGUUAUUCGAUUGAUUUUCUUCUUCAAACUUCUCUUUACCUUGAUCUUUGGCUUGAUGCUUUUAUUGCUAUUGAAAGAGCAAUGACUGUUGCUCAAGGAGUUCGAUUUCAGAAGGACAAAAGUAAAAAACUAGCAAAAUUAGUUGUUCUUAUUCUUAUUUUAAUGAUUGUUGCUACUAAUAUUCAUGAUCCAAUCAAUCGACAGUUGAUCAAAGAAGAAAAUGAAGAAUUAAAUGAUAUGAAGCGAUUGUGGUGUAUUGUGCGUUAUUCGUCAACUUUACAAGUUUACAACACAAUUUUGAAUUCUUUUCAUUUUUUUCUUCCCUUUUUACUUAAUAUUGUUUCAACAAUUAUUCUCAUCACAAAAGUAGUUAAACAACAAUUCAAGAUGAAGAACAAUCGAAAAACUAUUCGAGAAAUCGCUCGUGAACAAUUUCAACAACAUCAACAUUUAGUUAUUGCACCUAUUGUUUUAAUUAUUCUCUCAAUGCCGCGUUUAGUUAUAUCGUUUAUAUCAAAAUGUUUAAAAUCAAAUAAUGAUUCAUGGUUAUAUCUUUGUGGAUAUUUUAUUUCAUUUAUUCCGUCAAUUAUCACAUGUUUUAUCUUUAUAUUACCAUCAAGUUUAUAUAAAACUGAACUACGAAAGGCUAUUGCCCAGUAUCGAACACGAAUUCGACAAUGUUUCCAGAAGAACUGA